UUUUUUGAUGAGUUGAGACUUGAUUAUAAAUUAAUAUCUUAGGUGGUGAUAGUGUUGUUGUAUUUUUUUACAAUUUUUUUAAGAUAAAAGAUAGUUUCGCUAUCAGUAAAAAAAUUAAAUUCUUAAAUUUUAUUUUAAAGUAAAAUUAACAAUUCACAAAUGAAAAUUUAAGCGAUUUAUAACUUUUUAUUGUUAAUAUCUCUCCUUUAAGAAAUAGUUUUGAGCUAAGAUAAGCUGCUUCUAGUAAUAGAGCACUUUAGACAUGGCGCAAGAGGUCCUCUAAAAAACUCUUAUGACUAUUAAUAGUAAACAUAUAUGGCAGGUGAAUUAACAGACGUAGGAAUUUUCUAAUAGUAUUAGUUAGGAUCUCAAAUUAGAGCAGAAUACGUUUAAAACAGAAAAUUCCUUAGACCCUACUUUAACCAUACAGAAAUAUUAGUCUAUUCAACAGAUGUUAACAGAACAAUAAUGAGUUCUUAUGCCCAUCUUACAGCUCUUUACCCACCAGGUACUGGCUAUAAUAUUAGUGUUACAAACUAAACUCUACUUCAGACUCCUUAUUAAAACGCUAUAUUUUACCCUGUUGAUGGAGGAUAUGCAUUACCUUAUGGAAUGUCUGUAUUUCCAGUCCAUACUCUCCCUUAGUAAGGAUCGAUUUUACCUCUAUAUUGCCCUAACUAUAAUAAACUAAUGUAAUCAAAUAUUAAUAAGUAUGGCGACUUUAUUAGUAAUUUAAAUGCUGAAUGCAACGAUUUGUAUCAAUAAAUUUCUGAUAUGAUUAAUGAGCCUAUCAACAACUUAUAAGAUUUGAUGAAUUUCGAAGAUGUUAUGACUGCUGAUAUAUAUUAAUAAAGAAAACUUCCACCAUAGCUUACCUACGAUUAGAUUAACAAAAUAAACAUAUUGAGAGCUAUUUCAUGGUUCGUUUACCAAACAGGACCAGUUGCUAAAGCAUUGGCCUCAAAUGGAUUUAAUUUUAUAAUCCAAUAAUUUUAAAAUAAGAUAAACAAUAACUCUACACUUAAAUAUAUAGUCUUAUCAGGACAUGAUAGCACUCUUAGUAGAUAAAUAUUACAGCUCAAUAUGUCAAAUCAUGAAUGUUAAUGGUAAAAAUACCAAAAUAAGCCAAGUACAUCAUUAAAUUGUGUAGAUAGUCCAAGAUUUGCAUCUACUAUCAUAUACGAGCUUUACUAAUCAGCAGCUGACCCUACUUAGUACUAUGUGAUGGUAAAAUAUAAUAAUUAAUAUGUCUUUCUUUGUGAGUAAUAAUCAACUAAAUGUGAGCUCUAAGAAUUUAUUUCAAGAUUAUAAUUUAGCUCAGGGGUUUACGAAGAUCUUUGCGGUAUAGUAAGCGAUAAAAGUGUUAUAGACGAUAGGGAAACUCUAAUUUAAUUUUUAGCAAUAAUUACAGUAGUAUUAGCUAUAGUAACUGCUCUGCUUGGUUAUAGUCUAUAUAAAAUGAAAUAGCAAUCUAAAUCAUAGAUAUAGUAUUUACAAGAGCACUAGCUUUAAUCCCCACUUUAUAACUAAUCAGAUAUGUCUAGGUAUGUUGAAUUGCAUAAUAUUUAAUAAAAUUAAUAAUAAUAAAUAACUUAAUCACAACAAUUCUAAUAACAAUAACAAUAACCAUAAUAACAACAAUAACAGUAAUAAUAUACUGAACAAGGGUACACUUAAGCAUGA